GAGCAUUUUUUGUUUGUUUUUAAGUAACUCCUCCUCCCUUGCGUUCCCCGCAUCCCGCCUCAUUUAGGAGCUGAAGAUUUUUCUUAUGGCGUUAAGAUUCAGUUUUAUCGAGGGUGUAGUUUAUUACUCUCUUUCGUAUUUCUGCCCUUCACUUGUUGAAUGGAACAUCAACAAUUAGCCAGGGUGUGAUUCACUACGUGUUCAACUUGAUACUUCAAUUUGAAAAAUGUUUUUUUCUUUGUGGGAGUUCUUCUAUGGGCACUUUUUUCGAUUUUGGAUGAAAUGGCUCUUACGACAGAUGACUGGAAAGUGUGAAUUGCAGCGAAUUUUUGAUACCUAUGUAGGUGCACAAAGGACACACAGGAUAGAAAAUUCCUUGACAUACUCCAAGAAUAAGGUUUUACAGAAAGCGACACUUGCUGUUCAGAGUGACGUGGACAAAUGUGUAGAAGAUAUAAUGAAGGAAAAGAAUAUUAACCCUGAGAAGGAUGCCAGUUUUAAAAUCUGCAUGAAGGCAUGCUUACUACAGAUAUCUGGUUAUAAACAGCUCUAUUUGGAUGUAGAAAGUGUGAGAAAAAAGCCAUAUGAUUCUGAUAACAUGCAACAUGAAAAGCUGCUUCUCAAGCUUUGGAAUCUUCUAAUGCCCACGAAAAAGUUGAAGGCUAGAGUCUCCAAGCAAUGGGCUGACAUUGGUUUCCAGGGUGAUGAUCCCAAAACAGACUUCAGAGGCAUGGGCAUACUUGGAUUAAUCAAUCUUGUGUAUUUCAGUGAAAAUUAUACCAGUGAAGCUCAUCAGAUUCUUUCCCGUUCAAAUCAUCCAAAAUUAGGGUAUUCUUAUGCAAUAGUUGGAAUCAAUCUUACAGAGAUGGCUUAUAGCUUGCUGAAGAGUGAAGCUUUGAAGUUUCAUCUCUACAACUUUGUUCCUGGUGUGCCAACAAUGGAACACUUUCAUCAGUUUUAUUGUUACCUUGUCUAUGAAUUUGAUAAGUUUUGGUUUGAAGAAAAGCCAGAAAGCAUUAUGUACUUCAACAUAUAUAGAGAGAAGUUUCAUGAAAAGAUUAAAGGACUUUUACUGGAUUGUAAUGUAUCACUUGCUUUAAAGAUAUAAAUCAUCCAUCGUAUCUUCUAUUUCUACCACAUGUUGCACACACUACAGAAUUUAUCUGUUAUAAUAGAAAUUAUCUGAUCAAUUACACUUCUUAUAUAUAAUUUCCUACAAAAAUAUUUCAGAAAUUCUAUUUAAGAAAGCUAGUGGACAAUCAGUGUAUGUUUACAGUUGUUUAUACACUGUCCUCCAAAGGUACGUUAUCCUUCCAAAGAACCACUCUGUGAGUCACUGAACUACAGUUUGGAACUUGGGAUUUAGCCCAUUUAGUGUCAAAGUACAAAUCAGGUAUUUGUAUUAAAUUGGUUGAUUAAAAUGUGUAAAAGUCAGUUUUCAUUUUUAUGUGUUGUAGCUGUCAAGAUAAUAUCUUUUCAAAGCUCUUUUAAGAUUUUUUGGUUUUUAGUUUGGAAAUGAUUGUUUUUUAUUUUCUUUGUCUUAUUUUAUUUCUAGGUUAAUUAACAGGGAGAGUCGUUCUUCCUGGUUUUCUUUGUUUUCAUCUCAAUCACAUAUCAUAAUGUUGCUUCAUUAGUAGCAACGGGAACAUAGGUAUGU